GUGUCCGUGUGAAAGCGCCAGAACAGACCUAGAGCGCAGUUCAUAAGCCUGGCACCCCAGUACAAAAUAAGUGUAGUUUGGAUGUUAUAGUCAUGAUAGUCGGGAAGUAUUGAAAGGGAUAUUUACCACAGGAUCAUUUUCCAGGCAGUACGGAUAAUCCGAUUGUUUGGUUCAACUUUUCCUGGACGACAAAAUGACUACAAAUCAACAACAGCAUAAUGGGGCGGGCAUUGACUUCAAGGUGCAGCGAAAUCCUUGGAAGAGGAGCUACACGACCCGAACCCAGGCCUGGUGGGACUGCGCCGAAUUCGCUGACGACUAUCCGAGCCAGCACAUGAAUGGUACAGAAUAUAAAACCACGAAAAAGGAUGAGGAAGAAGAUGUUUGGGAUAUAUCAGACUCGCUGGUUGACAUUAACCCAGAUAACUAUAUGGGACAUAUUCUUAAAAUAUUCCCUCCUAAGCGACAGAAGUUGAAAGAGGAGGAGAUACAGAAGUGGAUAGACCAGGAUACAUCCCAUGGAUUCAUCCGGGUAUAUCCGCCCGAUGAGACCACUCUGGAGUCUCAGUUAGUGCCAUGUGACCUUAAAACAACUGCCCAGAAGAUCUGUCUGCAGUUGGGUCACCCUACCAAUGCAUUACAUGUUCAGUAUAAUGGUGACAUCAUCAAACGGCUGGAUCCCUACACGAGUCCCUUGGGCAUGCAGAAUGAAUACCUGACCAGUAUUGGGUAUAAUGAUAACAGCAGGAUCCAAGCCGAGGGAGCCAAAGAGUCACUAAGCUAUCAAAUUAAAUUCUACACAGGGAAGCCGCUACAUGAUUACACCUACUCGCGACACUACCUAGCCUCAGUGCUGCUGGUUAGAAAAGGCAAGAUGUUCCACCAGUGGUCAGAACGGCUCUGCAUUAUCUCAGGAACCAGGUUGUUAAUCUACAAAGACAAAACCAAGAGCCACAAACCAGCAAUUUUACAAUUGGCAAAAGGUGCAGUGGAGGUUGUCAAAUUCAAGGAGCAUGAAUACUGCCUGAAAUUGACGGCCGUUUCUCACCACGACAAGUCGAUCUAUCUGUCGUUUCUCAACGAAGCCGAAUUCGCCAAAUGGUUGAGAAAGUGCAAAAAGGCAACAUCCAAACUGCCCACAAUUGUGGAUUUAUCAAGCUGCCAUCUUGAAUUCAUACCAGAAACGGUAUUUGUCAACACUGAACUUCGUACCCUAAACCUGCGCCAUAACGUCAUACGGGAACGACCCUUAGAGGAGGAUAUCUACACAAUUGGCUGGCUUGAUGAUAUUCCAAGAUUUCAAUGUAUGAGAAGUCUUAAUCUGGCAGACAAUGAUCUUGGUGCAUUUCCCGGCUCAAUCUGUCAGAUACAAUCUCUUGCUGAGGUGAACCUCUCCAACAACAGGAUAGAAGAGAUACCUGCAGACAUUGGCAAACUGAAAAAUCUGCAGGCCCUACAUAUCCACAACAACCACUUGGUAUCCCUACCAGAAGAACUUCUCUCCCUGGAGCGCCUACAGUUUCUUGUGCUGGCCUUCAACAACUUCACCAACGUGCCCAUGGUCAUGGCCAACCUCUCAGAACUGGGCAUCACAGAAGUGGAAAGUAUCAUCAUGGCGGGCAAUAUGAUAGAGAAGAUUCCACCAGAGAUACUGCACAAAUUAAACCACGUACGGAAAAUGGACUUGCGUAUGAACCGGCUCACGCUACCGCCAACCGAAACAGUGAAGUUCUCUCUCAUGGAACACCUUACAUUUUUGGACAUUCGGGACAACGAGAUUGUAGAUCUAGAUAUUCGCUGUGUUCGAACUUUGGAAUACCUGAACUGUGAACGAAAUAAGAUAGUCAACAUCCAGGUGAAUGGCACACAGUUGAAGCACUUUCAAGCGUCACAUAACAACAUCCAGCAGUUGCUCAUUAGUCCUAAGCCAGAGUGGCUUGCAUUCCUUGAUAUAUCUUUCAACAACCUGGCCAGUCUCCCCGAAUUCCUCUCGACCUGCUUCUUCAUGCAGAGGCUUUUCGCGAACAACAACAGACUCAAGACACUGCCACAAAGACUGUUUUGUGAUGCCCAAUCUCUGAAGAUCCUGAAGGUAGACCACAACUUGUUAACUGGCCUUCCACUUGAGACAGAAACUGUCAAUCUCGAGGAAAUGUACGUCCAGCACAAUUGGCUCAGUUCUCUGCCCAAGACAUUCCUCAUGAAAGCCAACAAACUAAGAAUCUUCAAUGCAAGUCACAACCGACUCGUUAGCCUGCCCUCUCCUCAUUCCACCGAGGAUCUAAACAAGUUCCAGGAACUCUAUCUAUCUCACAAUCUCCUCCAAGAUGAUGUCAUGAACACUAUAUGUCAGUACCCCAGACUAAAGGUGCUUCAUCUCGCUUACAAUAACCUGUAUGAAGUCAACGAAACCCUCAUGUCCAGGCUAGAAAUGCUGAACGAGUUGAAUCUGUCCGGUAACAGUUUGGAGACCAUUCCUGAAUGCUUGGCUACCUUUGCCAACCUCUCAGUGCUUAGGGCUCAUUCAAACCGACUCCGUACUUUGCCGAACUUUUCAACAUCCAAGUCGUUAAAGGUGCUUGAUGUUGGAAGUAACAAGCUGUUGAAUGUGUCAGUGGCAAGUUUGAUGGACUCCCAGAUCAGCCUCCUAGACAUGUCUCUCAAUGAACAACUGAGUGUGAGCAAAGAGGAGAUCUCUCAUCUCAAGAAUAAAAAGAAGGUUUGCAUGGUAGACAGCACGGGCCAGAACAGGUCAUUACCAGGACCCAUAUCCCUUGAGUCAGAGUUUGAAGAGAUCAACCCUCAACCCUGGCAAGUUGGUCUGGCAGAGUCAGCAGGAAGUAGAAACAAAUUAAACAUCGCCAUUAUAAAGAAAGUCCGUCUUGGUGGUCACAACGAUGCAGUGUUUGCUAUGUUUGAUGGAGGAAUGAACCACGAAGUCCCUAAACUACUCCAGAAAAGGUUCCUCGAGAUCCUUGAUGAUGAGCUUCUCCAUCCUAAAACUGGCCAGAAGUAUUUAAAAUACGUCAUGAUCACAGCACACAGGUCCCUUAAAGCCACAGGACAGAAGCUUGGCGCCUCUGCCACCCUGAUCCACAUCUCCAAACACUAUACCCCAUCUGGGGACAGAUAUCUUCUGAACGUUGCCAAUGUAGGGGACACAGAGGCGGUGAUGUGUAGGAAUGACGAAGUGGUUCUCUUGACUAGGUCGUUCAGGGUUAGCGAAGACAGGGCUGAACUGCAAAGGAUCGUCAAGACGGAUGGAAUUAUCACUGAGGAUAAUAAAGUCUACGGGACAGGUCUGUGCACAAGGCUACUCGGCUGCUGCUCCCUCUACCCUCAUGUGAUUCCAGACCCCCACGUGCACAGCCUCACACUGGGACCUGACGACAAAUUCAUCAUUCUGGCGAACAAACAACUAUGGACGCACGUAACGUACCAGGAGGCGGUCGUGGAGGUCAUGCACAUGAACAAUCCGGUCCUAGCAGCAAAGAAACUGCAAGAUCUGGCUCAGAGUUACGGCUGCAAGGAAAACAUCAGUGUUCUGGUUGUGGAGCUGUUUUUCGGAGACUACGGCUACGAGACCUACAACAAUGACCUUGGGCACAAAGCAGAUGAUAGCUUCCAUUUGUCAAAAGUCAUGGAGACUAUUGAAGAGGUCCCACUUUUGCCACACCAGGAUAGCUUAACGAGGCAGAAAAUGAAGCCGAAUGCAUCCCAAAAAGUCAAACCACUGCCACAGCGGAAGUUCGUCCGGAAGAGUACACCACAGGAAUGGGAGACCAUACUCCAAGAGCGCCUGUCGAAAAAUGUCAAACAGUACGAGGUGCAAUCAUCCGUGAAUGAAGUGAUCAAUGAGCCGCCUCUGUCUGUUGCUGGGAAUGAAGAUGAGGAAGAUGAAGGGUCGUCAUCCAACCAGAGAAAGGAUUCUUUCCAACAAUUCAUCCUGUAUAAAGGAGGAACUCUCAUAAAGAAUAACCUGCAUGCACCGAAAAACACUUCUACCAAUACACAUCAAUCUUGGCACUUGAGUAAGAAUGUAUCACUGCUUUUCUAAAGCAAUUUUUGGGGUAUUUGUUUUGUAUUUUUGGGUGUAAUGAUUGGUGGUGGUAAAUUUGAGAUUUUGAAUCAAGAAGGUCAUUUUUGCCAUUUUGCCUUAGAGAAAGUUUAGCCAAAUUAAUCGGUGUUUUAACUUUGCGUUUACUAAUAAGGCUACCUUAAAGCAAUCAGGAGCAUAUAGCUUAAGGUUCUUGGCCGACACGUAUUUUAUAGAGCAGGCGCUUAACUUGAUUUUAUUGCAUUUUAAGGUAUACUGUUUGUUACCUUAUCAUUAACAUAACUUUAGUGUGAAAAUAUAGCUUGUGGCGUAUUAUUGCACUUUUGGCCAACUAGAGUGGACCUGGUAAUUUAUUGAUCCUGCCACAGAUUUAGUUUUUUGUAAUCCGGUGAAGGGUCAUAAGAGAAGGACGUCCAAACGUCAGUUUUCAUUCCUCAUUCGGACUCUACUUUGCCAAUUUUUAAUGAACGUUAUUUUAGGCAUGAUAUUUCUGAAAAUAUCUGAUUUAAAAGGUCGCCCAUUAUUAAAAGUAAAGGGGAAAAUGCUAAAUUUACAUAAACAUCGGCAUGUUAUGCAUGCAAAAUAAUUUUGAAUUAUAAAACACCAAGAUUCCCCAUUUAAGCUGGUCUCAUUAACUACCCACUUGUCAAUCCAUGUUUUUCUUCGCUAUUCGUUGCUGUACACUGAAACUGAUUCUUGAUAUCAGGCUUCAACGAUUGCCCCAUAUCAAUGUUGCACGAAGACAACGUUGUUCCAGGCAGCGUCUCCGCACUCAGAGUUACUUUUUACCCUGUGUGAGUCUCACAAUGAGCCCAUGGUCCUCAGGUUAUACCCUAUGACAAUGCGAGACAUUGAUGUGGGACACUCCAUGCGCCUGUCUCCUGCAUCCCUGCCUGUGAUCCAAAUCAGUCGGUAAUACACCCAUUCGGUCGGUUCUAAUGCUGACUGUUCCUUGUAUAACGUACUCUAUGUCAUUAAGUAGUCCGUAUUUUGCCAAGGUAUUUCCCCCUGGUACUGGAUAUAGGGAUUUUGCAGACCUAACGAAAUUGUAUUGCCAAAAACAAAAACAAAGUUCGUUUUAUUUACAAAGAGGACUGCAUUGUGUUCAUUCACUGACUAUGCUAUCUAAAUUUUAGGUGCGAAAUUACAUUACAAUUUGAUGCACAGUCUAGGUCAUAUCAAUAUCAACACAUACAACUUAUGAUAUCUUCCAAACAGUUGGACCGUUAUCAAUGCGGUUUGCACAAAGUUGUCGCAUUUUUUGUUGUAUGAUCGUUACGUUAUAAUAAAGUGCAAUAGUGUCUUCAUUAUGUAUUAAUUUUCAAUCUACAAAAGGUUUAAUCAAUUGAAAAACCCAUAAAAAAGCAAUGGUGCUGUAGUACAACAAAACUAAGACUGCCUGGUGUGUUUUCAUGUUGAUAUCUUACACUGGUUCUGAAAUAACGUACUUGUACUGGUUAAAAAUAAACCCUAUAUAAUUCCUAUUUGUGGUGACAUUUGACACUGUCCCACUGUAAGCUCAGAACACGGCUGCCCUCCCAAGGUUAUGGGGUUGGUCACACCCUAUUAUUUCUUCAGAAUUAUACCCUAACAGCAAAAUUUUUAUGUGAUAAGUGCAUGUCCAGUUACAACACGGUGUCAAUAACCCUUAUAAAGGUAUGCACAUAAACCGGAUAAUAAUGUCUCUCCGACAUUGAAUGAGGUUUGAAUUGUUCCUGUGCAAUAAUUGGAAUACUAAAAGGAAUAAUAUAUCAUAACGAGUCUUUGCUUGUUCAGACAGGGCCUUUUAUCAAGGUACAGUGCAUAGAAAUAGAAAUAGUAUCUAUUGCAUGUAAUUGAUACUUGUGCAGAAAAAGCGGGAUAGCUCGGAACCCAGAUAGGAUAUCAACAUGAAAACACCCCAGAAAGUCUUAGGUAUUGCUGUACUAAAAUACUAGAUACUUUUUGAUGGUAUUCUCCCGAAAUUAAAACGUUUUUUCUGGACCUUUUUUAAAUGGUCGAUUACAUGAUAAAGACAAUAACUCAUUUCACUUUAAUCAAAUUGUUCAUAUGGACAACAAGAUUUGUGACAACCCUGUGCAAACCACAUUGAAAUCAGUAGGGUAUUUUAGGAGAUAUCCCAAGUCAUAGGUGUUGAUAUUAAGAUGAGCUAGACUGUACCUUGUAGUUGGCUAGCAAUAGACAAAAGUGUACAGACCUGAGUUGGAUCACCGAAGUAGAUGUAUCCCAAGUCCGUUUGCUUAACCAAGCUUUGUUCAUUCCUUUCACCAAGGCCCACCGCGCCAAAGUUAAGAUCAUUCUCAGGGAUGAGUAUUUUAAAUGCUUUGUAUUUGUUGAUCCUGUCCUUCUUCCCUGGGCUCUCACAUUCCUGCCCUCCCGGGCUCGUCAGCUUUCAUUUUGCGAGCCGGGUAGUGCCUUCAUUCUUGUCAAAGGUGGUGAAACCGUCUGUUAAAAAACUAAGACUAUGCCUUGCAUGCAUGAACUCUAGAUGUGGCCUCCAAAUCCCUGUUAAAUAAACAGAAAAUUGAAAAAAGUGGAAAAUCGUUAUUUAUCAAAUUGGGCGCUUUAAAGUAACACCAUUGAUCUUUACCAUCAUGUACCUGGUCCUUCAUGGAACGUGAUUGUGGUAUUUUUUAGUGGACAGAUUCAUCUUACACCGGCGCCUGCUAGAUUGCAGACUCUGGUUUUAACAUAUCUCUAUCAUGUCUAUUGACAUCACAAAUUGUUGUAAGAGGUGGGAAGAAUAUAUUUGCCAUCACAUAAUGUUGUCAGUCUGUAAUAUAACCAAAUCAACGUAAUUUUUCAUGGGUUAUUUUUAUUAUGUUAAGCAUAACUGCAUGUUUCCUGCCUUCAUAUUCGAGAAUUCAAAAGACUAACUUGAUUUGUAAUGGACGUCUCUUGCGCUUCUCAAAUAUGUUAAUUUAAAAUAUGUUAUUUGCUUUCUGGGUUGGCUUCUUAUGGGUCAUGGCAGUACUUUUAUUUCCUGUUCUCAUUAUAAAACCUUUUCAAACCUGUCAUUCCACUGCCACGGUUUAUACUUUUUUUCUCUUAUUUCUAUAUGGUUUUAAUAGUGCCGACCUGUGCGUUAUAAGAACAGCGCCGACUUAUGGAGGUCCUAAAGAUAUUUGGGUUCUAUAAAGGUUUGAAGGCCCUCUACUGGAGAAAUAUCGGAAAACAACCUCUAUUUUUAUAUUGGCAUAGUUACAUGUACCGGCUGGAUUAUCUCUUCAUCAAAUGAACGAUACCUGUACUUUGAACUGUAAUAGAAUCCUAGAGGGUAUAAUGUCGUUUAUUUUUGUGCUAAAAGCUCGCGAGUAAGGCCGAAGCCGAGUUCUCGGGAAUUUUUAUGUUUCUACUGUUUACACCCAUUUCCCCCAGUGCGCUCGAAAGCGAGGUUUUCUCUACUGCAGAUAUCGUAGGGUAAACUUGGAGUGAAAGGCUACAGAGACCAACCCGAUAAUAGACCGACAAAAUUAGAGUGAUAUGCCGGAGUGGAUUAUUUUUUAAAAGAUAAAAAUUGUUUGGUCAAUUUAUAUUUGCGUUACCAUAUCUUCAAUGAAAUUCUAAAAUGCCUUGAUUUAGAACAAACCGCACAUUACAGUGUUAAUGCACCAUGCGCAAACUAAGCCGCGUUUUAAAUUCAGCGGUUAUUGUGUAAGGAAUCGAUACAUCACUGAAGUUAUUGGUUGUCUCACCCGAACCGCGAGGAUGGAGAUAAAAUGUUGACCAAAUAAAACCGUGGCGAGGUCGAGGUUUUGGCUAAUAUCAAGUGAGGUAUCAAUGUUUCUUCUAAAACAUCUGAAAUCAAAUAUCGAUUAGUGCAUGUGGUUUUAAAUGCUUUUGAAAUGUUCCACAUUUUGCACCAACACAAGCGGUUACGGCUGCCUAACCAUAACCGCCGAAUUCAAAACGAGGCUUCAUUGGCGGAUAGUGCAUUUACACUGUAAUGUGCAGUUCACUCUAAACCCAGUUGUUUUAGUAUGUAGAAGCUGUCAAAAAGCAUUUAAAACCACAUUUUUCGUUGUUUACUUUGAGAUAUUUCAGAAUAGAAAUUGAGCCCUUACUGUCGGUGUUGAUUGUCUCACCAAAAUCUCCAGCUCGGUAUCAAUUCCGCGUAAGGUAGAUGCUAAAUGCAAUUACCUACAGUACCCGCCUCGUUUUGAAAUAAGAUCUUCGGAAUUUCCUCAGAGCAAACAUGGCAGUACAUACAUGUACGUACACGCACAUACAUAUGCCAUGUACUAUACUACAGGCAAUAGUGACAAAAACCACAUGUCCUAAUUAACGGAUCUAGUAAUUAGCAUGGUGGCUGUGCUAGUUGUAUGGGGAGUAGAAGCAAUUAUUGCUACUGGUUGCAUGACUGUGUUCAAGCGCUUUCUUAUUGGCGAUAGUGACAUGUUGGGUCUCGGUCAGAGGUAUCCGUGCCCUGGUUUCCCCCUAACUACACCCCGAAAUCUGUCAAAGAGCAAUAAUUGGAACCAAGUUGGGGAUUAAUAAUCAGAAAAAAUUGAAAACAAAUGGCAGAAAGGAAAGCAAAUGAACUAUUACUUGUGGAGAAAUGAUAAAAUUGUAAUAAUUUACCCCAUAACUUCACCAAAAAUCAGUAGAAAUCAAAAUAAACAACAAGUGUAAAAGCUAAAAAUAAACUAUCUCAUCGAAUUAGUGACGUCAUUACAGUUCAUUUCAAAACGAGGUUCGUACUGUAGGUGAUUGCAUUUAGCAUCUCACUUCGCGGUCUUACCAAUACAGUGCGGAGACCAGUGCUUAAAAGAAAGUUUAGUUGAAACUUUACUGCGGAGCAUUCUUAAACACCUUGGUUGCAGUGUAGUAACGUUUUCUGUGUAUUUUACAUUGAGCUUCGUUUUGGCUGCAGUGGUUUGGUGUCUCACACAUACUGCUUCGGUUGGUAUGAAACGAUUGUAUUCGUCAAAUAAGCAGAUAAAACCACAUUUCAGCGUUUAGUUAUCAACGUUCAGCAUUUAUAACUAUAACCACUAUGCCACUGAUCUCCCCUUUUUCUCCACCAUCGCGGUGUUUGGUGAGACAACUAACGCCUCAGUUGAGUGACAAUUCAUUGACCAUUUCCCAUUUAAUUGUCAGUUAAGGCAUGACAUAAAGAAGAAAAUCCACAUGUAUACGUCAUUCUCCCACAAAUAAAGCCCAGGUCAUGCCUGUCCUUAUCGCGUACAUCGGCAUAACUCAUUUUCGGAGAAAUCCGAUAAUAUCGCUCUAAACAAGAUGUAAAAGAACGUUUUCUUUAAUAUUUGAAGUAACUUCUGGAACUACUGGAUUUCUUUGGAGAUUGGCUGCGCAUACCAAACAGUUUAAACAAAAUUUCAGUAAGCAUUGCAAAUAAAUAACUUCUUUUUUGUAUUUGUAUAGACUGGCGUACAGUCUUAAACUUAAUCAGUAAAAUACAACUAUUAAUAGACAUUUUCACUAUUCUGGUAGUUCCUAUUGCACCGACUGUGAAAUCAGUUGUUUUAGAUAUCGAAAUACAAAUUCUUAACCAUUUUAUGGUUAUUUUUUACUACUUUUUAAAAGCUAGUGGAGUUAAUUUAGGUCAGUUUCAUUACUAUUUCUACUUAUUUCACAAUUGGUGCAAUAGCAACUUCCAGAUGAUUUGAUUUUACUAAUAAAUUUCAAGAGUAUAGUGCACUGCGUUUUGACAUUUCCUUUUUACCGUUUAUAUUUUGACAAAUCUGGUAGAAAUGUCAUCAUUUCUUUAUGUAUGCCUGUCGUAGUGCCAAGCCUAAUGCACGAAUGAGAAAUAUAUACCCAUCAUACUCUAAAACCUCGAAAACAAGGAAUGAGGCUCCGCCCCAGUCAUUACAAUGGUUUUGAAUGGAGAUGGGCCAAUAAGCUAGGUAUUAUUCGUUUAUCAAUCGUGGCCUCGAACCCAUAUCAGCCCUCGGGCUACGCCCUCUGGCUGAUACGGGUUCUAUGACCGUGAUACCGAGGCUGAUACGGCUCUGUUCAUCUGAUAACAGCUAAUUACCCUAAUUUCAACGAUCUAAGAACUGUUGAUUCGUUACUACGAAAUCGAAACAAAGGCCUAGCCGGAACAAAAAUAAAUGCCGACCAUCGGUCAAUUUGGUGUUGCAGACCCAUUCUCUAUCACAAUUGGACAAGUUGAAUGGCACCGAACGACCCGAUGCGCAUAUAAUCAAGCUUUGAAUUGAAUAUUCAUAAACGGUCUUAGAUCGGUGAAACUAAUGAGAAGAGUAUUUAGGCGGCGGCUUACUCAUUCAAUCUGUUUGCCCCCCCCCCCCCCCCCCCACCCCCAGUGCCUUUCAUCAUGAGUGCAGCAAACCAAAACUUCCUUGUGUAAACACUCAGUGAUUUCAAUGUGAGCAAGUCUACUUUAAAAUAAAGGGACACCCUAAACUAAGAGCCAAGAGCCAAGAGCCAAUACUCUAUUUAAGAGUCAAGUGCCGCCAGGAAAGCCACGAGCAAAGGGAAAAUAUAGGCAAAUGAAUAUAAUUCUUAUCUUUGGGAGCCCGAGGUCCACAUGUGCUAAUGAGUAAAGUUUGUUUAACCGUUUAUGACGUUGUAAGACAUCGCCGCCUGGAUAGGGGUUCUGCAGCCUGGAUUCUUUAUCGUACUAUCGUAACGCCGUCUGUACAAUACGGUGUACAUUGUGCCUGCACUUCAUACACUCUGUACAGUUACACGUGUUUGUCAUUCGGGCCGUCAAAAA